GCAUGGGAGAGUAUGUGUGUGGCACAAAAGGCUUGUCACUCUUUCUCCUCUUCUCCCUGCCUUGGGCUGUCUUGGAGUCUGGUCAGAGGGGUUGGGGAUCACUGUGGGCAACCCUCAGAAGUGGCUACACUGUGGAGUGAGGCUGUGGCUUUUCUCUUCCUAUCUCUCUCCUGCCCAGGUUACAUGGGGCUCUAAGGCUGUGGAUCUCCCCCAAGGACCAGCUAAGAAGGUGUGAGGAUAUCACCAGGGCCUCAUGAGUGACCCCAUGAGAGCUUUGACUUAGUGGCUAAAGUCUUUAGAGAGGCUAUUGUCCCUCUCUAGGUGUCAGUUCUGUCAUCUGUAAAUUAAGAAUGGUGAUCCUUGCUUCUUAAGUGCAAAGUUGCUAUGAGGAUUCUUGAGCUAGUGAUCAGGGAAGAGCUUUAUAAGCCUUAAAGAGCAGUGCAUGGAGGAGUGUGAUACUCAUAGACUUAAAUCCACUUUGAAGAUGAUAAGAGAACAUGGGUGCAAUAGCAAAGGAUUGUGCUCAUUAUUGAAAUUUAAUUAUUGAAUGCCUUCCUCCCCCACCCCCUCUGAAGAGAAGGCUUAACCAGUAACAAUUUACAACAAUCCAUUUUGUCCUCCCACAGCCCUGUGAGCCCAAUUGUGUUUCCAUUUUGCUGAUCAGGAAAUGGAGGCCUGGAUUGUAUCUUUUCAUCAGGCUGAGUUGAAAUCUGGGGCUCCUGUCCACCUGGCAGCUUAGCCCUCCCCAUCUGAGACAGAAGCCCUGUCCGGGUCUUGGUCCUCUGGCUUCCAGGCUGAGGGGAGUUUGAAUUCUGCCCUGGAACAGUGCGUUUGGGGUUUUCUUGUGACCAGAUUACUCAACUGCUCAUUAGAUAAUGCCAGCUCAGACCUGCCCACAGGGCCAGAGAAUCCUCAUUGAUCUGAUGAAGGGAGUGGGGUUGCCCCUCAUGCCACCUGCCCAAACUGCCUCUCCCCAAAGCACUUUCCAUAGGCCUGCCUGGUGUACCCCCUGGGCCACACCUUUAUCUUGGGUGCUCUUGGGUCCUCAGGCCUGGCCUCUCCUUAUUACUGGGCCCUGAUGGGAGGGGGCUGGCUGUGUGGGCCACUCUGACCUCUGUACUCAUCCAGAGGCCAGUUGAAGCACUAAGCUAGGCCAUCCCUGCUUUCUGUCUCCAUCUCCAUCACCCAGCACAGGUUGGGCUCAGAGCAGGUGCCAGUGGGUAUCUGGGAAAUGAGUGGCCAGGUGGGAGUAGCCAUAGAGCAGAAGGGGAGGCUUUGCUCCAUGGAGAGCCACACUUGGUUCUGGAGCAGUGGAGUUCCUCCACCCCUGUCACCCCAUCUCCUAGGCCUGAGUCUUUCCUGGUCCAAGAUGAGUAGCAGGAGUUUCUGCUGGGAGGGCGAGCAACCUGGGCCCCACGGAACAACUCCUUGGCCCUCUACUCUGGUACCUUGUCACUGUCAGUGUAGCUCCUGGGUGAGAGGCCUGGGUGCUGGAGAGAGGGAAGAGGGCUUCCCUCAGGCUUCUGGGACCCAUGUGGCCUCUCCCUCCCCAGGUCUGAGGAGAGCUUCCGGGUGUGGGCGUGACCUCCUGGUGAGUGCCCAGCCACCCAGCCCUGGCUUGUAGGAGGGGGACUCUUGCCGUGGCUGGGCACUCACAGGAAAUCCAGGGCCAAGGGACCUGCUCCUCUCACAGUACCACCAUAUGUGUCGUCUCCUCCUUGGUCGCCCUCCCUCCACACUCCCUGUCCCAUCUACCUUCCAUGUGGUGCCAUCUUUUUAAAGGUCAACUCUGACCACAUCCUUCCCUCUUAAGCCUUCCAUGGCUCCUCAUUGUCCUCAGAAUAGAGGCCAAGCUCUUUGGCCUGGCAUUUGAGCCUUUUCAUAUGAAUUCCUCAUUCCCCCUCGCCACACUCCAUGCCACGCCACCCUCCACAGCAACCAUGCAAGACCUGCUGGCCUUUUCCCAGCAGUUCACACUUUGAUCCACCAAGUCUUUGCUCACGCCUCUUUUGCCUUCACAGGCCUCCUCCUUCUUCGUCUAUCUAACAAACUCCUAAUCACCUAUCAGGUUCCAGCUCAUAUGACCCCCUCCUCUGCAGAAGCGCUCCCUGACCACCUCCCCAGGCCAGGAAACCACAUGACUGCAGUGUGAAAGCUGAACAGACCUGGCAGGGGUGGAGGCAUGGAGGCCAGUAAGGAGGCUGGUGCUGUGGGCUGUGGGAGCACCUGCCUCAGGCUGCAGCACAGGGACCGUAUGGUGCAUGUCUGAGGAAUUUCACUGGUUGAACUGAUAGGACUUGGAGCUUCUUGGGGCAGCAGCACGGCCUGCCCAGAAAAAUGUUGGAGGCUGGGCGUGGCCCCAGGCCUGGGGACCUGUUUUUCCUGUUUCCCGAAGAGUUCCCUGCAGCCCGGUCCAGGCGUGUGCAUUCAUGAGUGAGGAAUCCGAGCAGGCUCUGAGCAUCCUGACCUGGAGAGCAGGGGCUGGUCAGGGCUAUGGCAGCAGACCUGGAACCCUGGAAUGGCACCAUCAAUGGCACCUGGGAUGGGGAUGAGCUGGGCUACCGGUGCCGCUUCAACGAGGACUUCAAGUACGUGCUGCUGCCUGUGUCCUAUGGCGUGGUGUGCAUGCUUGGGCUGUGUCUGAACGCCGUGGCACUCUACAUCUUCUUGUGCCGCCUCAAGACCUGGAAUGCCUCCACUACGUACAUGUUCCACCUGGCUGUGUCUGAUGCACUGUAUGCGGCCUCCCUGCCGCUGCUGGUCUAUUAUUACGCCCGCGGCGACCACUGGCCCUUCAGCACCGUGCUCUGCAAACUGGUGCGCUUCCUUUUCUACACCAACCUUUACUGCAGCAUCCUCUUCCUCACCUGCAUCAGCGUGCACCGGUGCCUGGGAGUCUUACGCCCUCUGCGCUCCCUGCGCUGGGGCCGGGCCCACUAUGCUCGCCGGGUGGCUGCGGGCGUGUGGGUGUUGGUGCUGGCUUGCCAGGCCCCCGUGCUCUACUUUGUCACCACCAGCGCUCGCGGAGGCCGCAUCACCUGCCAUGACACCUCGGCGCCGGAGCUCUUCAGCCGCUUCGUGGCCUACAGCUCAGUCAUGCUGGGCCUGCUCUUCGCGGUGCCCUUUGCCGUCAUCCUUGUCUGUUACGUGCUCAUGGCUCGGCGGCUGCUAAAGCCAGCCUACGGGACCACGGGCGGCCUGCCUCGGGCCAAGCGCAAGUCCGUGCGCACCAUCGCCGUGGUGCUGGCCGUCUUUGCCCUCUGCUUCCUGCCCUUCCACGUCACCCGCACCCUCUACUACUCCUUCCGCUCGCUGGACCUCAGCUGCCACACCCUCAACGCCAUCAACAUGGCCUACAAGGUCACCCGGCCACUAGCCAGUGCCAACAGUUGUCUUGACCCCGUGCUCUACUUCCUGGCUGGGCAGAGACUCGUCCGUUUUGCCCGAGAUACCAAACCACCUACUGGCCCCAGCCCCACCACCCCGGCUCGCCGCAGGCUGGGCCUGCGCAGAUCUGACAGAACUGACAUGCAGAGGAUAGAAGAUGUGUUGGGCAGCAGUGAGGACUCCAGGCGGACAGAGUCCACGCCAGCUGGUAGCGAGAACACUAAGGACAUUCGGCUGUAGGAGCGGAACAUUCCGGCCUGAGCAGGUUUAUAUUGAGAAGCUGUAGGGGACCAGGAAUUGUGCAGAGGGCAUGGUCUCCCCAGAUAUGGACCAUCAGUGACUCAUGCUGGAUGACCAAGGAAGCCAUGAUCCCGUGCACUGUCAUUUGACAGGGGAUCAGGAUAUUCUCCAGAGUCAGCUGUUCCCAUAACCCCUAGUCAUUAUUUGUGUGUAUGAGUUGGUGUAAUUAAGUUUCAAGAAAGGUGAGAGUUGAAGGUCAGUGACACCCCCGGCCUGACUCCCACGCAAAUAGCUGGCUGUACUGCCAAGGUACCUAGGUAGGAGUUCAGCCUAAUCAAGUCAAAUGGAGAAACAGGCCCAGAGAGGAAGGUGGCUUACCAAGGUCACAUAGCAGAGUUUGGAGCUGAGCUACCUGGGGUGGGGGCCAAAUCACAGGUUGGCCAGAAAACCCUGGUAAGUAGUGAGGGCUGAGUUCACGCAGUGGUCUGGAAUGAACUGGGUGCCAAGGUGGACUCAGCUCUGAGGAGUACCCCCAGCCCAAGAGAUGAACAUCUGGGGACUAAUGUCAUAGACCCAUCUGGAGGCUCCCAUGGGCUGGGAGCCAGUGUGAGGCUGUAACUUAUACUAAAGGUUGAGUUGCCUGCUGAGCUGUGCCCUAUUGUAUGGUUGGGGGAUAAGGAUAUGGCAAGGAAGCUUUCACCAGCCACAAAAGGGUCCUUUCUCCAAUUCAAUCCCUCCUGCCACCUGCCUUCUGACUAGCUGUCUCAGGAGUAGUCUCUUAUCAGGGAUCCUCUCUCCAGACCCCAGAUCAUCCCCCACUCUUUUUUUUUUGAGAUGGAGUCCCGCUCUGUUGCCCAGGCUGGAGUGCAGUGGUGCUAUAUCAGCUCACUGCAACCUCCACCUCCCCAGUUCAAGCGAUUCUCCUGCCUCAGCCUCCCAAGUAGUUGGGACUACAAGUGUGUGCCACGACGCCUGGCUAAUUUUUUGUAUUUUUAGUAGAGAUGGGGUUUCACCAUGUUAGCUAGGUUGGUCUCAAUCUCCUGACCUGGUGAUCCACCUGCCUUGGCCUCCCAAAGUGCUGGGAUUACAGGUGUGAGCCACUGUGCCCAGCCCCAGUCAUCCCCCACUUUAAAGCCAGCUGACUUCUGUGUCUGACUCUGUGCCGAGCACAGAGAAGAGUCAGGUGCAGUCUGAGACCUUGAGAUCUUCCAGUUUAGGUGAUGGCCAGUCUUGUGCUGAUAAAUGUGAAAUCAUUUAACUGGAGCUCCAAUUUAACUGGGAACCCCUUCUUUGUAGAACUGCCCAUUUCCAUGGUGCAAAAACUCUUAUCAUGGCCAAAUUCAAACUAUAAACAUGAUGUCAACUUCCUUGUAAAAUUUCCGAAAAUUUAACAAUUGGUUCUUGCAAGCAGGUACAAGUCACUCUAGCACAUCAUUGGAUAAUGCCGAGUGGCUGGGCCUGUGAGCUGGGGAUCAGGGAAGGGUUCCUGGAGUGGAGAGACUCCUGAGUUGUAGCUUCUGAGAAAAGCAGCUCACCAGGAGAACACCCACAUGCAGGAUGCCUCCCAGGCAAAGACAUGGGGCAAGAGGGCAGGGUGUACAGGAGCCAUAAGCAGUCUGGACAGCUGGCUCUAGGCUGAAGGUAGGGUUGGAGCUAGGUCACAAGGAGGCCAAGUCAGGGUUCCCUCCUUGCCCUGACCCUAAGGAUUCCUUUGCAUUGGGGGUAAAUAUGAAAGAGACUCAGUCCACCUCCUAUCCAUCCUCUUCCUUCUGGGAAAAUCCCAGAUACAUGGCAGGAUGGUGCUCAGGCUGGGUCAGGACUUAGCAUGGGGAAGAUGGGUCUCAUCCAUGAUAGGUUCUGGGUCUAGCCAGGACCACUCCGGGCUGAUGUGUGGAGCUCAGCUGGACAGGGCCCAGCCCUAACCUUUGAACAGGGAUAGGGCAAAGCUGACAGGCCUCACUCUUGAUCUGAAGGACAGGGACCCGCUCCUCUCCCACUCUCCUUGUGGGCCCACUCUGCCUGCCUCUGACCUCUCUACCCUUCCCACGCUCCCAAGGCAUCCCCAAAGGUUGUUGUAUUUGGAGCCUGACUCCACAGCGCCCUCAUGUGACAGAGACCCAUCACAGACUGUAACCCAAAUGAUUACUUUGCACUGUGCCAUGUGGGUGACAUGCCCAGAAUAGUGUGAGAUAUUCACCUCUCACAUUCUAGGUUCUAUACUUCUGUUAAUGUAGCCAAUGUCCUUCUGAGCAUUUUUUUUUUUUUUUUUUGAGACGGAGUUUCACUCGUUACCCAGGCUGAAGUGCAAUGGCACGAUCUCGGCUCACCGCAACCUCCGCCUCCUGGGUUCAGGCAGUUGUCCUGCCUUAGCCUCCCAAGUAGCUGGAAUUACAGGCACGUGCCACCAUGCCCAGCUAAUUUUUGUAUUUGUAAUAGAGAUGGGGUUUUGCCAUGUUGGCCAAGAUAGUCUCAAACUCCUGAUCUCAAAUGAUCCACCUGCCUCAGCCUCCCAAAGUGCUGGGAUUACAGGUGUGAGCCACUGCACCCGGCCCUUCUGAGCUUUCUUAGUGACUGCCUCUUACAAACCAUCCUUGAGCCUUUCCUGCAGACCCGAGCCACUCCCUUUUCUACCAACUGCUGCUCAAGCUGAACCUCAUCCCAGUUUAUAGGGAUCCCCUCCCCAGGUGAGCUUUGCUGGUUGAGAGUGUGAAUGCUGAGCUCUGACCCUCUCAGCCCUGCUUAGACCUGGAGGCGGGAUUGUAUCCCAUGAUUUUGGGGGCCCUUGAGUGUGCAUCUGUGGUUGGGGUAGGCUAGGACCUCCCCAAGCCCAAGUUCCCUGGUCACCAUUCUUCUCAUGUCCUGCCCACCUACCCUCCUGCAUCUGCCCCAAACCAGACACCAUGGUGGAUGGAGACAAUACCAUUGCCUAGAGCCUGGAAGCUCUCCUUGAACCACUGCCUGUAGAUUUCUUGGGACAUAGGACCAUAAGGACACAGGAGGGGCUUAUUCACCUUCUAAUCCUGUGGCAGGCGCAGGUGGGGGUGAAUACUGGAGACCCUGGGCAAACCAGGGAUGGCGCAAGACCCCACCUCGGGAACCCUGUUGGACUGCCUGGCCCCUUGGUAUGCACAGCCGGCCUUGCUGCUCAAUGCCCAGGCCACUCACCUUGAGGGUGAGGUUCCUGCCCUGAUGCCUCAUGCUAUUUUCGGCCCAAGUAAGACUAGAAUUUUCCAUUCCUGGCCCCAGACCAUUGUCCAGCAGUGAUGUGGGGGGAACCUGCCUGCCCUCAAAAUAUCUUCUCUUACCCUCCAGGCCUCCCUGCCCCCUCUACACCUCCCUAACCUGACAUCACUUCCUGGGCUGUUGACUCAUGAAGGCCACUGUGAAAGGGCACGUGACUCGCCCAGCCACCCGGCUGACCCUAGGGAUUAUCCAGCCCAGCUGCAGACUCAAGGCCAGAGACGGGUGGGGCUGAGCUCAAGGUCAUUCAGCAGGUCAGCGUGGCGCCUGGAUAUAAGCCAGUGCCUUGGUGGCGAUUCUGCUGUCACUCACAUUGCCCAGCUCUUCUUGCCCAGGGUGACUGGAAUGGAGCCAUAGAGCUGAGGCCAGGGACAGGGCAGAGAUAGGAGGAAGGGGAGGGUGGAGAGUUGAGUGCUGGGGAGUAAAUGUUGGCGGAUGUGCCUGCAGCAGCUGUUCUCGAUGAACUGCGUGACAUCAGGGCCGGGUCCCUGGCACACAGGAGUCUGCCCUGGCUGGCAGAUGUCCCAGGACCCAGGAGGGAGGGGGUCAUCCCAGGGGACAUUUCCACUUUUACCCCAAAAGGUUAGAAGAGGCCCUAAACAACAUGUUAUCCACACAUGGCUGCUCCAGUACAAGCCACCAGAGCUACCUCUUUGCCACCCUUGUCAUGGCAGAUUUGGGCUGCUGUGUUUAGAAUCAGGCACAUGGGGGAGAGAAGUCGUGUAUUGACCCAUGUCCCAUGCACCCUGCGGGACCUUCCCAUCUAUGUUGUAUGGUGGAUGCUUCACAGCAACCCUGGGAAGUAGAUGUUAUGAUCCCAUUUAGCAGAUGAGGAAACAGGAGAAGUGAGGACUUGCUCUGAGUUAUCCAGGCCACCAGGUCGAGUCAGUGAGUCCAGGCCACCUCAUGGCCAGAGUCAUGCCUUUCAGUGCCCCACCACGCUCACAACCCUGCAGGGCAGGAGGGUCUGUAAUUCAAGAUGGCAUGAUUCAAGGUGACAGAGGUGGUGUAGCAAGGAUGUGAGGACACAGAUGCUCCACCCAGACCACCUCAGUGUCCCUGUUGUCCCCACUUUCCUGGCUGGGGCCCCUUGGGCAAGUUACCUAAUCCUGCAGCACCUCAGUUUCCCAUUUCCAAAAUGAGAUGCUACCUUCCACUCAGGGCACUGAGGGGCUUCCCUACAUUGUUAGCGUGAAGUCCUCCUCACAGUGCCCAGUGUGUGGUCAGCAUUUAUGUGGCUGGCACUGGGCCGGGGCUACGGAGGCCAAGCAGUUGGGCCCUGCCCUCGCAGAGUUGACAUCACUUAGUAUGUAACCACAUUGGGCUACAUGUUCUGAAGGAGAGGAUGGUGUGCCUGGUCAGUGAGCAGCAGUCGGCCAUAUGUCUCCAGGGACCCCCUCCAUGUAGUGUGGGAGGAAGGAAGCAGGUCUGUCCUGGGGGAAUGUGUGGGGGCACUUCUGCCCUGCGUGGCAGUGGGUAGAUUUCAAGACCACGGCCUGUGCUGUUUACAGAAACUUGCCCAGGUGCCCGGCUGUGGGAGGGCAGCAUGGAGAGGAGGAAGAGGAGACUCCUAAUAGCAAGCUUCAAGGCCUUGCCCCUUCAGGCUAGAUAGCUCCCACCCUCCCACACAGCAGGGUAGCCAUUACUUUCUGACUGGGGUGUCCACCAUGGCUCUCUGCAGGCACCCCUUACUUUGCUAAGAGUCCAGAGAUCCAGGAGGAGAAGACUGGCCUGGAGCUGGGCCAGCGCAGGCAGCACAUGGGCAGCUUUUGCUGUGUGACCUGAGGCCACCUGCCUGCCUUCUCUGGGCUGCACUCUGGGGCCUGGAGACCCGUUCCACGGUUCCAGUUUCCCCACCUCAGCAAAGGCAUCAGCUGCCUGCAUCCUCAUCCAAGGCACAACCAACAGCGGCUCCCCGCAGCCAUUUCCAAGACCCUCCAGGCCCUCAGUUCUGAGGACUAGGGUGGAGGCAGUGUUUCUCCCCAGCAUCCAGUGACCAGAGAAGUGAAGUGACUCCAUUGCUGCCACACAGAGCCACACAGUGCGAUAUUAGGAGCUCCUGCCUCCUGCAAGGUGAAGGGUGGGGCUUGGCCAGGAGUGUUCAGGCCACAGGGUGAGGGGUGUGCUUGUGGGGGUAAGAACUGAGCCUGAAUUAAACUCAUCCUCCUCUGCCCUGAUGCACUGUGCAACUUGGGGGAAUAGCUACCUCUCUCUGGGCCUCACCUUCCCCAUCUUUGAUAGAUUGGUUCUGCCCAGCCGCUCCUCCUCCAGUAGGGGAUUCCUGGGCUUGCCUCUGUCUUGGCUCCAGCUCAGGUGUCCAGUCUCAGCCCUGUCCCAGCCAGGAACAAUGGGCCAGGCAGGGCCAGUCACCCGCUGUCCCUAGGGGCUCCACCCAUGGUCCUGGGCUAUUUUCAGCCCUUGCAGAUGGAGUCAGAAAAGGAUUUUCCACUCCCAGCACAAUGACUAUCCUGGACCAUUGUCCAGGAGUGACGUGGGGGAUCUGCCUGCCCCAAAAUAUCUCCUGCCCCUAGUCUCCAAGCCUCUCUGCCCUGCUCCUUUCAUACCCCCAUCCUGAGGUCAUUUCCUGGGGCUGUUAACUCCUGAAGGCCAUUGUGAAAGAGCAUGUGAGACCCCUGGGAGACACAACCAGCUGGAAUCAGUUUUCCCUCCUGGCAGGGACCCCAGGGAUUGCUUGUCUGCUUAAUGGAACUGGUGGCCCAGGGAGGGCUGUGCCUUACCCAGAGUCACACAGCAGUCAGGGUGGAGCCUAGAGAUAAGCCCAGGGCUCUUCGGCUGCUCCCACUGCCUCAGCCAAGUUCACUAGCUCCAGUCUGUGCCUCCUGGAACUGAGAGCUCACCACUGAACUUCCCGGCAUAGGCACUGGGGAAGCAGCUGAAUGAUGUGGGUGGAGAGGUGCAUGCAGCUCAGGCUCUGACCUUGAAGUGAGCUCAGCGCAGGGGCCUGAUCUUAAACCCUGUUCUCCCCAUUGAGUCCCAUUUUUACCAAACAUGGCUAUUAGGGAUUGAACAUGUGUGUCCCCCACCCCGCAAAUCCAUAUGUUGAAAUCUCAACUCCCAAGGUGAUGAUACUAGAAGGCGUGGCCUUUGGGAGGUAACCAGGCCCUGAGGGUGCAGCCCUCAUGAAUGGUGUUAGUGCCCUUAGAGAAGGGACCCCAGAGAGCUCCUCACCCUCUUUCUGUCAUGUGAGGAUGUAAUGAGAAGUUGGCAGUCUGCCACCUGGAAGAGGUCCCUCAUCAGAUCUCAACCAUGCUGGCAUCCUGAUCUCAGACUUCCAGUCUCCAGAAUGGUGAGAAAUGAAAUGUUUGUUGUUUCUAA